AUGGAUGGUGAGGCAGUGGUCUCAGUUUCCAAAGAAGGAAAUGCGGCAUUGCAAGCCAUGCCGGGUCGUAAUUUCACACGCCUUCCCAAACGAGACAACUUUCCCACAACAUCGAAAAACCUCCCAACACGUCUGCACACCCAUCCCUACCCUCACCGCCCAAGCUCCUCUUACUCUUUUGCCAUGACCUCGUUUCCUCCAGAGCUUAUAGAGAAAAUCGUAAAUGAGGCCUGGCACUCUGAAAUGCCGUCCUACAUCCGAAAGUCAUUCAUGACUACUUGCCCCAGUAUCAAUCGAACGUGGAUGGCCGUCUAUGCCCCUAUCGCUUCUCGGGAUAUAUACAUCACCAACCUCUCAUACAUAUACUACCUAUGUGAUAUAGCCCGACUCGGAAAAUCUAUCAUUUAUCGCGACUUCAUCCCCCAGCUUACCCGCACCAUUACCUGCUUUGUCGACCUCCAAGUCGAUGCAAUGGAAACAGCGGUGAAACGAGUGUAUCGCUGUCUCGUCUACCUACCGAACGACAUUGGCUUCAAUGCUCUCUUUCCAUCCCUUCCAUACGUCUCUUUCGUGCUCAGGUGGACUAUUGCUGCACAGGAUUCACAACUCUGUGAUAUUCCAAUCCGUGUCCGCUACUCUCGGUACCUGUCUAUGAGUACUCAAGAUAGGCAGACACAACUGGACCUAUAUAUCUCCUUGAUUGACAUGGAUCCUUCUGAGGAGAUAAACAACUCAACUUUUCUGCCUGCAGUAGAGUCACUGCGCGAAAUCGGUGUUCCUGGGGGCUUGUGGUUAUUUGAAAGUACAGUAUAUCAUCAUUGGAGGAUACUGAAUGGCGUCCGACAUUUCGGUCGAACCGCAAAGGUGAGUCAAGUACAAGGGGAUAUCGGGGGUAUCAAUCGGCGUUUGUGGAUGGCUUCUAAAGGGCGUGGCAAGUUAAGGUAUCUCACCACUCUCUCCAACUGCUUGGAGUACAGACGGGUGCAGCGGUCUUUACCUGUGGCUCCGAAAGGUACCAGAGUCCGUGGCAUGACCGUCCUUGGCAAGGAGACUUCAAGUUGGUCUAAACUCUUUCGAGACCGCGGAUAACCAGGGUUUGUCUUUACAGGAGGGUGACGAGUAGAUUGGAUAUCGUUUUUGUCGCAGGGAAAGUGUACUUGGUUAUACCCGACUUCCCAUUUCUCCCUCUCGACGAAGUUGUCUGAUCCAGGGUGUGUUCAAGCCGUGUAUAAUGUCGACGUUUGUUUGACAUUCAUGCCAACUCGAAAGAGCAGACGCGCAGCGUCGCAUUAUACACGCAUGCAUUGUACACAGGUCGGUGGUAGGGGACAUGUAUAUGGCGAGAUAGUGCGCGGCAGGAUUGUACCUGGCCGUUGUAACCUGCAAUGAUACUCGCU